AUGGCGUCGUCAGCGGAGAUUAAUAUGGCGUCUUCGGACAUAAUAACUGAAGUGGAGAUUCAACCGGACAUUCAAGAAGUUGAAAUAGAGACAAUACCUGUUGAAAUACCCUGUGAAACAGUUGAAACGACAAUUGAAGGUGACGAUGGACAGCCAAUAAUAUCAUUACAACCACUCCCCGAGCCAGGACGUGAGGAAAUUAUUUUACAGACGCAAGAGGAAAUUGUUGGUGGUGAUCCGCUUAGCGUUUACGACCAAAUACCAGUACCCGACAACGACAUUUAUGUCGAAUCAAGUCCUGGACCAUCGAGAAAAACUAGUAAAAAAACACGUAAAUCUGGUAAUACACGAUUUAGAUCACAGGAUCACGCGAUAUUCGGUGAUAUGGGUACGGAAACUAAAACAAGAAAGUGGGAGCAGAAACAGGUUCAAAUUAAGACCCUCGAAGGUGAAUUUUCGGUGACAAUGUGGGCAUCUGGAACUGACGACGGGAGUGUCCUAUUGACGCAUCACCUGGUGGAUGUUCCAGAUGAAGGCUCAAACCCGGAGCCUGAUCCAGAUUACUCCGAGUACAUGACAGGAAAGAGCAACACGAAGUUCAACCACUCAGGGAGUUCAGUCUCCGAUGGAAUAACCGUUGGACUGGAUAUGUCCGACCCGAAGCAACUGUCUGACUUCGCACGACCUGGACACAAAUUAAAAGUACGCAAGCCUCCAGCUAUCGAUGGUGUCGAACGUACCAUCGCCUGUCCGCACAAAGGAUGUACCAAAAUAUCGAGAAAUGCCAUGGGCCGACAAGUAUCACAAUUGCAACAACUGCAACAACCUCAGUUCGUUCAGGUGGAAGUUGCUGAUGUUGAUAAUCAACAAUUUAUUGUGUACGCCGAUUAG